AUGACCGUGCCGAAAGACAUCCCGGAAAAAUGGUUUCCAGUCGUUCUUUCCAUGCAAAGAAAAAAACAGAAAGGACUCAAUGGAGCCAAAUCGAAAAAAAGGAAGACAGAGGAGGAGAGAAGGGUCAGAGCUAAUGACAGAGAGUACAACGAAAAGUUCCAGUAUGCUAGCAACUGCAUCAUGACAUCCAAGUACAACAUCAUCACCUUUCUGCCCGUCAACCUGUUUGAGCAGUUCCAGGAAGUGGCCAACACCUACUUCCUUUUCCUGCUCAUAUUGCAGUUGAUACCUCAGAUCUCCUCUCUUUCCUGGUUCACUACCAUCGUGCCUUUAGCUCUGGUCCUGAGCAUCACUGCAGUAAAGGAUGCCACAGACGACUAUUUUCGUCACAAGAGCGACAACCAAGUGAACAACCGUCAGUCUCAGGUUCUCAUCCGUGGCUUGCUUCAAAAUGAAAAGUGGAUGAACGUUCGAGUGGGUGAUAUCAUUAAACUGGAAAACAACCAGUUUGUGGCAGCUGACCUGCUCUUAUUAUCCAGCAGUGAACCUCACGGCCUCUGUUAUAUCGAGACAGCCGAGCUGGACGGAGAGACCAACAUGAAGGUGCGUCAGUCUGUCUCAGUGACAUCUGAACUUGGAGACCCAAACAACUUGGCUUCGUUUGAUGGUGAGGUAGUGUGUGAGCCCCCCAACAACAAGCUGGAUCGUUUCUGCGGGACUCUGUACUGGAGAGACAAAAAAUACAACCUGACUAACCAGAACAUGCUGCUACGAGGAUGUGUCCUUCGCAACACUGAGGCCUGCUACGGCCUGGUCAUCUUUGCUGGCCCAGAUACCAAGCUAAUGCAAAACAGCGGUCGCACCAAGUUUAAACGUACAAGCAUCGAUCGUCUGAUGAACACCCUGGUGCUCUGGAUCUUUGGCUUCUUGGUGUGUAUGGGUGUGAUCCUUGCUGUGGGUAAUGCAGUGUGGGAGCGAGAGGUGGGCUCCCUGUUUCAGAGCUACCUGCCCUGGGACCCUCCUGUAGACAACUUUCUGUUCUCAGCUUUCCUCUCCUUCUGGUCCUACGUCAUCAUUCUGAACACUGUGGUGCCUAUCUCGCUCUAUGUCAGUGUUGAGGUAAUCAGGCUGGGUCACAGCUACUUCAUUAACUGGGACCAGCAGAUGUUCUGCUCACAGUGUAACACAGCAGCUGAGGCCAGGACCACCACUCUGAACGAGGAGCUGGGCCAGGUUGAAUACAUCUUCAGUGACAAAACUGGAACUCUCACUCAGAACAUCAUGAGCUUCAAUAAGUGCUCUAUCAAUGGACAAACUUACGGUAAGUCUACACACACACUUGUUAUAAAUCAGCAUAGACUGGACUUUACCCCCUUCAACCCCCUGGCAGACCCAGACUUCUGUUUCUAUGACGACACCCUCCUGGAAUCAGUGAAAGUGGGAGACUUGCACACUCACGAGUUUUUCCGCCUGCUCUCCCUCUGUCACACUGUCAUGAGUGAGGAGAAGAGUGAGGGAGAGCUGGUUUACAAGGCCCAGUCUCCAGAUGAGGGCGCUCUAGUGACAGCAGCUCGAAACUUUGGCUUUGUGUUUCGCUACCGAACGCCUGGGACAAUCACCACCACAGAGAUGGGACGAACAGUCACCUACACUCUGCUCGCUAUACUGGAUUUCAACAACAUACGGAAGAGGAUGUCUGUUAUAGUGCGUAACCCAGAGGGCAGGAUCCGGCUGUACUGUAAAGGAGCUGACACUGUGUUGUUGGAAAGACUCCACCCCUGCAACCAGGAACUGAUGAAUAUCACCUCAGACCACCUCAAUGAGUAUGGAGCAGAUGGACUGCGGACCCUGGCUCUGGCCUAUAGGGACCUGACAGAGGACGAGUGGGAGGCUUGGUCAGAGAGCCACCGCUGUGCUGACAAGGCCACUGACUGCAGAGAGGACCAUCUGGCAGCUGCUUAUGAGCAGAUAGAACAAGACAUGAUGCUGCUAGGUGCCACAGCUAUAGAGGACAAGCUGCAGGAAGGCGUCCCCGAGACCAUUGCUAUCCUCUCCCUGGCUAACAUCAAGAUCUGGGUUCUCACUGGAGACAAACAGGAGACAGCUGUCAAUAUUGGUUACUCCUGUAAGAUGCUGACAGAUGAUAUGACUGAGGUGUUCAUCAUCAGUGGACACACUGUCCAGAGUGUACGGCAGGAACUCAGGAGGGCAAGGGAAAGGAUGAUUGAGCUGUCACGAAGCAGAUCAGGAGUGAAGGAGGAUAGGAUGGAGGGAUGGGGUGAAGCCUGUUUCAUGGGUAACGGAGGAGGAGGAGGAAGGCACAGCAGCUGUCCCCCCCCUCCUCCUCCUCCUCCUCCUCCUCUGCCACCACCGCCCCCCAACCUCAUGGAAAACAUCUCUGGAGAGUUUGCCCUCGUAAUCAACGGUCACAGUCUGGCCCACGCACUGGAAGCAGACAUGGAGACGGAGUUUGUGUCAACGGCAUGCACAUGCAAAGCAGUGAUCUGCUGCAGAGUCACCCCGCUGCAAAAAGCUCAGGUGGUAGAGCUCAUCAAGAAACACAAGAAGGCUGUCACACUAGCCAUAGGAGAUGGCGCUAACGACGUUAGCAUGAUCAAAAGUGCACAUAUUGGAGUUGGUAUCUCAGGUCAGGAGGGGAUCCAGGCCGUGCUGUCCAGUGACUACUCCUUCUCCCAGUUCCGCUUCCUGCAGCGCCUUUUGCUGGUGCAUGGCCGCUGGUCCUACCUACGCAUGUGCCGUUUCCUCUGCUACUUCUUCUACAAGAACUUUGCUUUCACCAUGGUGCACUUCUGGUUCGGCUUCUUCUGUGGAUUCUCUGCCCAGACGGUGUAUGAUCAGUACUUCAUCACACUCUACAACAUUGUCUACACUUCCCUCCCUGUGCUGGCCAUGGGGAUAUUUGACCAGGAUGUCCCUGAGCAGAGAAGUCUGGAGUAUCCUAAGCUGUAUGAACCUGGGCAGCUAAACCUCCUCUUCAACAAGAGAGAGUUCUUCAUAUGUAUCGCCCAGGGCAUCUACACAUCAGUGGUGCUGUUUUUUGUUCCCUAUGCUGUCCUGUCAGAUGCCACUCAGAGCACUGGAGAGCCCCUCGCUGACUACCAGACCUUCGCUGUCACCACAGCAACAGCCCUGGUUAUUGUGGUCAGUGUACAGAUCGCUCUUGACACAGGCUUCUGGACACUUAUCAACCACGUGUUUGUGUGGGGCUCUGUGGGCUCCUACUUCACCAUCAUGUUCGCUCUGCACAGUCAGACUCUCUUUGGGAUCUUCCCUAAUCAGUUCCACUUUGUAGGCAGUGCACAGAGCACAUUAUUGCAGCCAGUCGUGUGGUUAACUAUUGCACUGGCAACAGCAAUAUGCAUAGUUCCAGUUUUGGCAUUCCGCUUCCUCAAGUUGGACCUGAAACCUCAGCUCUCAGACACGGUACGCUACACUCAGCUGGUGCGGCAGAAGAAGAGGAAGCCAGUAGGUCGCAGCAUGGGAGGUGCCUGGCGUGGCGCAGGGAGCGUGUCAGAAGGCCGUCUCGGUGCUCGUGGCAGUUCUCGGAGGUCAGGCUACGCUUUUGCCCACCAAGAGGGAUUUGGGGAACUGAUCACCUCAGGGAAGAACAUGAGGCUCUCGUCGCUGGCUCUGGCUACUUUUGCCUCCAGACACAGCUCCAGCUGGAUCGACACCCUCCGCAGGAAGAAACAUACUCACACUCCCCCCAGUGCAUCAGGGGAAUGCAGCCCAGCGCCCAGUUGUGUCUCUGGGUCAGUUCCUCCGCUCUCAAACUCCUCGUCUGUUCUGGGUGGCUCACAAGAUACACCCAUUGAGGAGGAAACAGGCACAUCACCAGCCCAAAAUACACACACUGCUCCCACCUCAUCCACUCAAACCCCACCAGUUUUAGCAGCAGCCUCAGAAAUAGUUGCACUUCAGAGUCCAGCCCAAGCCCCAAAUGCUAGCGCCCUCACCUCUGCAGCAGUGAAGGCCCAUGGAGGAGACUCACCUGGAGGUUGGACGCUCACUCUGGGGACUGUGCAGGAAGCUCUGUUCGGUUGGAGAGGUAUUACAGCUCGCACCACAGCAUCCAGCAGCCCAGGCCCACCCAGUGUUGCCAAGGAAACCAGCGAGAUUGCGUGAAAUAUCGAGUAGAAAUGGAGGAGUUACUUGUUCACUAUCAGAUUUUCGCACACACAGAGGAUGUGUUGAGAGUACUAAGCGCAUAUGGACUCAAGGACGUGUGAUUAAAACACUGCUACAUUAUUUUAAAAAAAACAAAAAACUAUACCCACAGCGCUCCUCGCUCUGUUUCCCAACUGAUUCAAAACAAAUUCAUUAAAUCCAAAUCAGAGGAGGAAGUGGUACAUCUUAAUGACAUGGACUCUGCCAACUUCAAAUUGGGAUUUAAUGGUGAGAUAAUUGUUCCCACAGCGUAUGGUGACUGUAUUCAUGAAUGACAGGUGCAGACACAGAUGUCAGGUUAACUUAGUAUUAAAUGUCUUAUAUUGUUUCAAAAUAACAAUUUCACAAAUAGCAAUUCGCUUUACU